AUGCCUACAAUCAAUCGAACGAUCUCAAUGGUAUCGGUUCGUUCAUUAAACCAUAAUACACUAGACAGAUUAGUUGACGUCAUUGAUACAAGUGCAUCAUCCACGUUAAAUACCGAUAAUUCAGAAUCACUCAAUCUACAAAACUUUCGAGAAGCUCUAGCUUCUUGGGAUGUCGGAAGCUUAAAACAACAAGUCAUAAAAAGAUUCGAAGACUAUCUAUCAGGAAAUAUAGAUUAUCUUAAUCUUUCCUUGCUUGGUCUUAAAACUUUACCCGACGCUAUAUUACGCAUCCCCCAACUUGAAAUUAUUUCUUUGUCAGACAAUUGCUUGAAGGCAUUCCCUAAAGUCUUAGCAUCGUGUAGAUGUCUAGAAGUGCUCAAUCUCGCGGGAAAUUAUUUCAAAUGGAUACCAGAUUAUUUAGGUAAUCUGGAACAUCUGACACGUUUGGAUAUAUCCGAUAAUCCAUUAGAUUGUGAUCAAUUGCCACAAAGCUUAUGGGAGAUUCCAAAAUUGAAACUCAAUUUGCAGCAAGAAAAACAUUACGUACCCGCUCGUUUUAAAGCUUUUUCGCCAGAAUUUGCUCAAAAAUGGUCUCUAUUCGAAAAAGAGAAUGGAUCUGGAUUUUUUAAAACAUGGUUUCUUAUAGUUUCCAGUAUUCUCUGGACUGAUCGAAUGCAACAACAACGUCCUUAUUUUUCCCAACGUCUAAAGUUUUGGUUGAAUUCAAUGAUUAAGCAUCGAAGGUUACGUCAGCGCUAUUUCGAAUGUACAGAAGAAAGUAUAUCAACUUGUCAUGAUCGUAUUUUAUUCUCGAUGUUUGAGAUGGAAUGUAAAUAUUUAGAAGAAGAAAUCAGUCAAGGUACUUUGUCUAAAGCUGAAAUUUACUCAAGCAUUGAGCGUAUGUAUCACUUUCAUUGUUUACAAGAAAAAGCUCUUCAAUAUCUCAAUCUCAUCCAUAUUCAAAAUGGUCACAAAGAAACAACUGAAGAAGAAUCUAUCGAAACCGUUCUAGAUUUUAUCAGUUCGUCACAUAAUACAUUCAGCAUGCCUGUUGAUACACAACAGAUUGUAAUGUUUUAUCCAAGUGUCUCGAAAGCAACUGAACAAAGUAUUCAAGAAGCAGUGAAAUCUAUUGAAGAUGAGAAAGAAAAAAAUAAACCUAAGAUUUUGAUCGAUUAUAUUCAAGAAAAGCCAUUCUGGCGAAUUUUUUUAUACCCAAAAAACAAGGAUUUCAUUGAUCAUCAAUUAGCUGUAUUUGACCAGCGUAUGGAAUUAUUGGAUGCCCGUCGGAAUGAAUGCAAUGAUGACGAAUACAUAAACUCUGUUAACAAUAUAACAGAAGAAAGAAGGCGAACAGAAUCAGCUAUAUACAUAAUGCUAACCAGUCAAUUCUUCGACGUCACCCUAAAAGAUAAUGUCUCGCAAAUUGGUAACAGCAGGCCAGAGUAUUUCUCUCUGGUAUGCGAAAACUAUUACCAAUGCAACAAGCGUAGAGAAAAAGAGAUUUGA